UAUCCCAUGGAGAUCUUAUCGGCUAGAGUAUUUCCCCAAAUGGUUGAAGAUGCAGCCCAUUUCGAUCACCAUCAUCAUCAGCAACAACUUGACUCCUCCUUCUCGCUGGAUGAUGAGUUUGAUUCGUUCCAUCCGCAUUUUCCUUCAGAGCCCUGCUCAUACUCAUCGCGGGCCUAUCCAGUCCCUCUUGUUAGACCUGAGACGGUCCCCAGUUUCGCCACCCGAUCCGUCGGAACUACUCGAGCGCUCACCAAGAGGCCCCGGAAACAGCUCAAGAUCAAGAGCUGGAACUCUCCAGGCGCACCGGAGCAGGAAAUGAUGGCUCGCAACGUGGUGAUGUCACCAUCUCCAUCUGCGCCUCCAUCUCCGUCUCCUGACUCCCACUUGAUGGCAUUCGGCAACCCCGAUUCUUCUCCUGCCAUAUCUGAUCCAAUCUAUGGUACUUAUGAAAUCCAAGAUUGUGAGGGACCAAAGGUGAAAAACGCUGGCUCGACAAGCCGGAAGCUCGAACACGCACAAGAGCACGUGCUAGCUGAGAGGAAGCGCCGGGAGAAGAUCAGCGAGCGUUUGAUCGCGCUCUCUGCCAUCAUUCCCAACCUUAAGAAGAUGGACAAGGCUUCCAUCCUUGAGGAUGCUAUCAAGUACUUGAAAGAGCUUCAACAACACGUCCAGGUGCUCGAGGAGGAGGCAGCGGCAAAGACUGUGGAGUCGGUCGUCUUGGUGAAGAAGUCUCGACUCACCACGGCCGGCGACACAUAUUCUUCAACCGACGGGCACUCUUGUGGCCAAGUUGACCGGCAACUCUCGCUUCCGGAGAUCGAGGCCCGAGUCUCGGGAACCUGUGUCCUCGUUAAAAUCCACUGCGAGAAGCGCACUGGCUCUAUAACGAAGAUGAUCGGCAAAAUAGAGAAACUGAACCUAACUGUCGUGAAUAGUUGCGUCAUGCCCUUUGGGAGUUCCAUACAAGAUGUUACCAUCUUAGCUCUGAUGGACAUGGGAUUCAGCUUGAAAACGGGGGAUCUCGUGAGGAAUCUACGCCAAGUUCUUCUGGAUCUCAUCUGAUCUCCUGCAAAAAAUUAUCAUCUCGUCGGAAGUU